AUGCGGUUCGGCAAAACCCUCCAGAACUCGAUCUACCCACCAUGGAAAGACAAGUAUCUCGACUAUAACAAGAUCAAGAAACUGCUGAGGGAAGAUGAGACCUCUCCGCAAGGUCGAAGUGGGGGAGACAGUACUUGGUCCGAGAAGGACGAGGAGAACUUCGUCCAUGAACUCGUGACAAUUCAGCUUGAGCGAGUGAACCAGCACCAGGUCGACACAGCCCAGAAGAUCCGUGAUCGAACGAGUGCAAUCGAGUCCAAGCUCCAGCAGACCACCGAUGGCACGGCAAAGACCGAUGAGGAGAAGAAGAAUGUUGCCAACGAGGUCAUAAAGGAGCUCGACAGCAUCUCCAAGGAGAUCACUGAGCUUAAGAAGUUCAGCAGAAUCAACUAUACUGGCUUCCUCAAAGCUGCAAAGAAACAUGACCGGAGACGAGGACAGAAGUACCGAGUCCGACCCAUGCUGCAAGUCCGCAUGACGGAGACACCAUUCAACUCGGAGGACUACCAGCCACUGCUGUUCCGCCUGUCUGCCAUGUACACUUGGAGUCGCCAGAUACUUGAAGGCGAACAGGCUCGCGCCGAGUCAUCUGGGACAAGCAUACGACCGCAGGACGAGUACAAAGCAUACAAGUUCUGGGUCCACGUCGACAACUUGCUCGAGGUCAAGACGUACAUCCUCCGGCGUCUGCCAGUCCUGGUCUACAACCCACAAUCGCUCAAGGUGGUCGACUCGUCUCAAAAGGACCCCACCAUUACUUCCAUCUACCUCGACAACGACAAAUUCGAGCUCUACCAAGCCAAGGUCGACAAGACUGACGAAGCAAGCUCUGUGAGGCUACGGUGGACUGGCCAGCUCGCCGACAAGCCGGAUAUCGUUCUGGAGAAGAAAGUUGUCAGCGACGCAACCAACAGCCGCGACAUUCGCAUCACCCUCAAGCAGAAAUACGUCGUACCCUUCCUGAAAGGCGAGUACAAGCUGGAGAAGCAGAUCGCCAAACUCGAAGAGCGCCUUGGCGCCGACGCCAAAGAAGUCACUGACCUCCGCAACAACGUCUCCGAGAUCCAAAGCUUCAUCGCAGAGAAGAGCCUUGAACCGGCCCUCCGCGCCAGCUACACCCGCACCGCCUUCCAGAUCCCGGGCGACGACCGUAUCCGCGUCUCCCUCGAUACCGACCUCGCCCUCAUCCGCGAAGACGCCCUCGACACAGACCGCCCCUGCCGCGACCCCGAAGACUGGCACCGCUCCGAUAUCGAUGAUCGCGAGCUCGAAUUCCCCUUCUCCAGCAUCAAGCAAGGCGAGAUCGACCGCUUCCCGCAUGCAGUCCUCGAGAUCAAGGUCAAAGACACCAAGUACACCCGCAACAACGCCUGGCUCGCCGAUCUCAUGUCCUCGCAUCUCGUCAAGGAAGCACCCAAGUUCUCCAAAUUCGUCCAUGGCGUCGCCGAGCUCUUCGAGGACUACGUCAACAGCUUCCCCUUCUGGCUGAGCGACCUGGAAACCGACAUUCGCCGCGACCCGGAGACCGCGUUCGUCCAAGAGCAAGAACGGCAAGAGAAGCAGGCCGCAGACGAAGUCGCCGUGGGCAGUUUCAUUUCGAAAUCAAUGCUCGCCUCCUCGGUCGCGGCAAGAUCCAAGAUCGGCUCCCCAUCCGGAAUGGCCGCCUCACCAAUGGCCAAACGCGCCAGCAUCUCCCGUGCAAUGAGCAU